ACUUCAGCUGAACACAAAUUAGAAGGACCCUGGGAAAUCUAUAAAGCCCUGUUUUGUUGCCAAGGACAGGCAGCAAGAUCUGCAUCUGCUAUCAAGAACAAUGACAGUCACUUACUCAGAGUAAUACUUUUAACCAGGUUUCAAUAGUGGUGUGGUGCUCUUCUUCUGUCUACUUGCUGCUACUGAAUUAUUCAACAAGUAGCAUCCAAUACAGCCAAUUUAUCAUUCCAACCACUCUCCAGAAAAGUUAAGCCAGCAUCUUGUUCCCGUCCCAGCCUAGGUGAACAAACUAAUCCUGGAAAGGUACACAAAAGUACAGACCAUGAAGACAAAGGGAGUCUGCUUUGAACAAACACAUGUAUGCGAUGGACUACUGCACUUCCUCAGGUUUCCAUAUAGUCAAGAAACAUCAAAUGGCAAUGACAUCUAAAAAUUACACAAGAAGAAAACACCAGGAAGAAAAAUUAAGGAUUCCAUAAUUACCUUUAAAAUUAAAAACAGCCAGAAAAACCAUCUAUGGGAUUCCAGCUUUAAAGGCUUUCUAAUUUAAAGCCUACUAUCUCAUCCAUUUUUCCCUUACUUGGUAACCAAUGAAUAAUCUUUUUGCAACCAGUAAACUCAAAAACCUGGAAAGAUUACUUAUGGCAAGAUUCCCCUGACUUUACUCAAUACUGACUAUUCUCAGCCUGGAGAUAGGUAUUAUUUUCCUUCUGAAGAUGCAUCAGAUAUACCUAAUACUCAAAACAGACUUUCGUGAAGCUUUUGGAAAGUCAUAAAAAUUUAGCUUGUACUGAGCAUUUACAAGAAUAGCAAUACUUAUGUAAUCUGUCACAAGAGCUUUUACCAUGGAAGUUUAUUAUGCAGGUACCCUGUCACCUGGGGAUUACAACAGUACAUCCUUUGAACUGAACAGAUCACACCUGCUCAAUGAAACUGACCCUUUCCAACGAACCAACAACCAAUAUGAACACCAACAGUAUGUCAUUGGUCUCUUCCUCUCGUGUCUCUACACGAUCUUCCUCUUCCCCAUUGGCUUUGUAGGAAACAUACUCAUUCUAGUUGUGAACAUCAGCUUUCGUGAAAAGAUGACAAUCCCUGACCUGUACUUUAUCAACUUGGCAGCGGCAGACCUUAUCCUGGUGGCCGACUCCUUGAUAGAAGUAUUUAACCUUGAUGAGAAGUACUACGACAUCACAAUCCUCUGCACCUUCAUGUCUCUGUUCCUGCAAAUUAACAUGUACAGCAGCAUUUUCUUUCUCACGUGGAUGAGCUUUGACCGAUACAUCGCCCUAGCGAAGGUCAUGCGAUCCAGCCUUUUUCGCACCAAACACCACGCGCGGCUGAGCUGCGGCCUCAUCUGGAUGGCCUCCAUCUCUGCUACCCUGGUGCCUUUCACAGCAGUCCAUUUGCAGCACACAGAAGAGGUGUGCUUUUGCUUUGCCGACGUGAAAGAAAUCCAGUGGCUCGAGAUUACCUUGGGGUUCAUUAUUCCCUUUGCCAUCAUUGGUCUCUGUUACUCACUCAUUGUACGAGUGCUCAUCAAGGCUCACAAGCAUCGGAGCCUGCGCUUGCGGAGGCAGAAGGCCCUCCGAAUGAUUGUUGCCGUGGUCCUGGUUUUCUUUAUCUGCUGGCUACCUGAAAACGUCUUUAUUAGCGUACACCUCUUGCAGAGAAAAGAGCCAGCUAUUUCUUCAUGCAAACAGUCUUUUCGCCAUGCCUACCCUUUAACUGGACACAUAGUUAACUUAGCAGCUUUUUCCAAUAGCUGCUUAAACCCACUUAUCUACAGCUUUCUUGGGGAAACGUUUAGAGAAAAACUAAGGCUGUACAUUGAACAGAAAAGCAACUUGUCAGCCCUAAAUCGUUUCUGUCAUGCUGCCCUCAAGUCAGUCAUCCCUGAGAGCAGUGAGCAGACAGAAGUAAAAUUUAGCAGUGCUGUAUAAAUAGACAAUGGUGAAAUUUUUUUCAUCAAUGUAGAACAAAACAGUGUGCCACUAACAAAUGCAUAUAUAGCUAGGAAAAGGGAAAAACACAAAUAUUUCUUUUCGUCUCAUAGGUUUCUAAUGUUGUCUAGAUCAGUAGUUCCCAUUUAGUGGCUUGGGAACUUUUGAGAGUUCUUAAUGAUGUUCCAAGGAGUUCUUAAUUCUUCAGUGGCACCUAAAACAUUAAAUAAUUGUAGAUAUUAUGAGAAGAAUAUUAAAUUACUCUGGGGUUCACAACAAAUGAUUUUUGUUGAAAGGGGUUCCUGGGGCAAAAAAAAAUUUAGGAAUGGUGGUCUAGAUGCUACUAUAUAUCGGCUUUGAUGUGUAAAUUUUGGACAAGUUUACUUGAUUAUAAUUGGGGUUACUAAAGAACACGCCCUAAAAAGCUCUCUCUAAUUGCAUAUGGUUCAUAGACAGCCUUAGUGAUAAGUAAAGAUAAGAUAAACAUCAUGGCAUGUUUUCCUAUGGCAAAGAAGAAUCAACACAUGACAAAAUCAUAACGUUUUGCUACUCUUCACAUGGACUCUCAUUCCUCCCUUUAAGAGAAAACUGCCAAAACAGCAAAUGGGAAAACUUAGGUUUAUUAAGAAGUUUCUGUGGAGAUGUAGCUCUUUAAAUGGAAACAGCCUACUGAGAAUAAAUCUGCCACUUUAUGUAAUAAACAUGAAGACUUCUGGCUAGUCUGUUUGAAAUAUUCUAAAUUUGAUGUCAUGGUGGAAAAUCAAGUCCCAUGAUUUAUAAUCUACUGCUACAUACUUUGACACAUGACUAGUGCUACAGUGAGACAUAUUGCUAGACACAUUUAAAUACCGUAAUCUCUCUUAGAAGGGCCAUCAGUUCUAAAAUACAUGAUCCCAUUUUGCCAACCACCUUAUUCAUAGAUAAGUCACAGUCACCUGUGUAUACUAGAUUUGCAUUAAGGAUGAACUUUCUCCUUAAAUAACAUACCUGCUAUUCUCAUGUUUAUCUGAUCUGAGUUGCUGAUUUCUUCAAUGUAUGUUUACAAUAAUCUUGGCAUUUAGAAGAAUGUGGAAUUAAAUUGAAAGAGCUGUUAUGGAGUUUAUCAUAGCUAUCAGAAACUGUAAUAUCAUGGCAUUUCUGGUUUAAUAAUGCAAUAAUAAUGUUAAUUAAAAUAAUGAUGAUGAUAAUGUAGAUGACUCUCAUUAAAAUGUUCAAUGUCUAA